AUGCACUCUUACGUCCGCCCCCACCAAUUCGUCGCAUUGCGGCUUCCCUCCGAGUUCACAAAGAUUCAGAAGAUCGUGCCUGACUCAACAGUCUUCUUGGGAAAAUUCGGAAGCUUCCCCGCGAACCAGAUAAUCGGGAGACCUUUCUAUCUGACCUUCGAGAUCCUUGAUGACGCAGACGAAGAGGAUGGCAGCUGUCUACGUGUGGUUCCCGCAGCUGAGCUGCAUGCCGAGACAUUGAUCGAAGAGGGAGAGGGAGAAGGCGACGAGCUCGACACAAACGAAGAUGGGACUCCCAUGCGCACAAAUCGCGAGAUCGUCGACGACGCAUCAACUCAGAAGCUGACGUGGGAGGAGAUCGAGGCGCUGAAAAAAGAGUCCGGUGGCGCUGGACGGGAAAUUAUCUCCAAACUUCUAGAGUCUCAUCAAACUUUGGAUCAGAAGACAAGUUUCUCGCUCGCCAAAUAUAUGCUGCGGAAGCGCAGAAAAUAUAUGAAGCGGUUCACGGUUCUUCCGAUGGAUGUUAGCAUUCUUACGAAUCAUAUGAUGGAAGACCAGGGCGCAGCGCGUAUUAUGGAGCUGCGCGAUGAAAUGAUCGGGCUCUUGGGCUGCUGGGGAAAUGUACACCAUGGUGGAGAUGUUUCUCUCGAUGAGGCUAUUGCGGCGAAGCCUAAUGGUCGCUAUCUUGUUGUCGACGAUACGGGAGGCUUGGUAGUCGCAGCGAUGGCCGAGAGGAUGGGAAUUUUGUACCCACAUGACGGUGAUGACUAUGAGGAGCAAGGGUCAUCCGACGAACCCAAGAAGACCGAAGCAGGACAGGCGCAGGAUGAUGAACAAUUACCCACUGAUUCUUCCACCCGCCGCCCAGCUCGCCCAGGUCAUAUGUCCGCAUCCGGAAACAGCAUAACGUACCUUCAUCCACACAAGCAACCGAACCUCUCUCUCCUGAAAUACUUCGGUUAUAACCUAGAUAAUCCCGACGAGACACAUCCUCUUCACCAACAUCUAAAGACCCUCUCCUGGCUGCAACUUUUGGAUCCUAAUGCUGAUCCGAUCUACUCCGAAGAGCCAGAGGUCAUUCCCGAGGCCGAAUUAUAUACCAUGAAAUCCAACAAGCGAGGCGCUUAUUACCGGAAGCGCAACAGGUGGACACGAAUCCAGAGCGUCGUUAACGAAGCCCGGGCUGGAGAAUUCGACGGGCUCAUCGUCGCAACCGUCAUGGAUCCUUCAAGCGUGCUGAAGUAUGCAGUUCCACUAUUAACCGGCUCAGCCCAUGUCGCAGUCUACUCUCCAUCAAUCGAGCCCUUGACCGAGUUAAUGGAUCUCUACUCAACACCGAGGAAAACGGCAUUCAUAACCCGAAAGCAACAACUAAAAGAACAAAGGCUACAGUCAAGCGACCAAAACGACGCAACUGAAAACGAGCUCCAAGAUUCUGAACUUUCGGAACUAAUGGAUGAAUUUUAUCUUGAUCCCACCCUGUUGUUAGCACCCACACUUCAAAACUCCCGGGUACGUCCCUGGCAGGUGCUCCCCGGGCGUACUCACCCCCUAAUGUCCAUGCGCGGUGGCGCGGAGGGCUAUAUAUUUCACGGUGUCCGAGUAAUCCCUACUCAACAAACUAUUCAGGCCGCGGGCAACCCAAGCCGAAAGAAGAGAAAGGUCUUGACACAGGAUACGCCCACCACCGCAGUCGACAGUGGCAGCGGUGUGGAUGUCGAGAUGAAGUGA